AAGGGGUGGUGCUAUGGGGCUGUUAUAGAGACAGAAUCUUUGCUCUAAAGCUCAGUUCAGUAACGAUGAGUAACACUCCACACUCACAAAGAUGCCACGAUCUAACAACCUUCUGGGAUCCGGCGCAACGAAAAUGCAUCCCGUGUUCGAAUACCCCUAUAAAGCCAGGUCAUGAAAUUACCCCCAACUGUGGGCGUGAUGAUGACGGAGGGCGACACGAGCCAACAAUAAAACCGUGCAAGACAAACACUUUUAACAAUGGCAGCAGCUUCCACUGCAAACCCUGUAGCACGUGUCAGCGUCGGUUUCAGACUGAGAGACCUUGCAACACAACAGCUGACACCGUUUGCGGCAAGGUGCCUGUUACGCAAAGAAUCCCGACAACAGAUUUUCCUGUCACAGUGAGUAGGCUUUUUGCAUUUAGUGUAAAUGGGUAUUCAAAUGGCCAUUACUACCUCAACUUCUUUUUCACUUCACAGAAACUACCAACAUCUGCUAUCAGCAGUGGAUCAACGACUCUGGCAUAUCAAGGACCUAACUUGACACCAACCCCACCACCAUCACGUCCUCACAAUGUGUCAGGGGCAGCCUGGGCAGUACCAUUAGCCAUUUUAAUUUCCAUUGUGCUCGCUGCCUUGUCUGCUUAUGUGUUUGGUCUCAAACGGAAAAGAGCAAAGGCUUUUUGCAGGCAACCCUCAUAUAUAAAUGACGGAUUCGCCCCCCUGACAGGUUCAUCUAAUGGCAGUGACGUAGAGGACAUACUUUGUGCAGACAUCCUGUCUGCACCUCUACAGACCGUGCUGGACAACUUGGAUGUUUUGGAAGAGCUGGUGAUUUUGCUGGAUCCAGAGAGCCACGUAAGAAAGAGCACAAAACAUCUGGCGUCGCACUGCGCCUUCCCCUCCACCUGGAUUACUUACACCUACUCUAUGAAGGACAGCAAAAGCCCCCUAAAAGCUGUGCUGGAGGGGGUGACCUGCAAGAACCCCGACUGGACUGUAGGGCACCUGGCUAAACUGCUCAAACACAUGGAGCGUAAUGACGCCAUAGCUGCUCUCGCAAAACUUAAAACAAAUAAGACUGAAGUGUAGCGACUGUUUAGCCCGACUCCCAAAAAGGCUGCUACGGGCACGGAGAGAAGGGGAGCGAUAAAAGGCAUGCAUUAUGCGUCCGAGUUGAUGACGGGGGAAGUCAAGCAUUCCAUAAAAAAUUAAAUAGCUUCUUCCAUAUUUGCAGCUUCAUUUGUUAUUACGUUUGAAUAAUUAAUGUAUUAUUACCUACCUCCUGGAAAACAUUUAACCUCAACUGCUGUAUCCCAUAUAAACUGCUUAACACGUGCACGAAGGACAAAGCACAGAAUCAGAAUUUUAGCCAGGCUUUAUCUUUACCCAUCCAGCUAACGAGAUGCCUUUUCCUCCAGUGAACUCAACCAAAAUUCCACAGUUCCUGUUUUUCCUCACCAUCACAUUUUACCGCGACAGUAUUCUUGUCAAAACAGAACAAAUGAGUAAUGUUUUUUUUUUUUUAAAUGUUAAUCUGUUUCCCAUUGUUGUUGCCUUUAUAAUACUAUUGACUUAUACAAAUAAAACCCGUCAUUUCAUCAAA